GGGGCCAAGCGGGGUCGUCGUCGCCCGCCGCCGCCGAUAGGCUGCGUGUGACGUGGUUGCGUUUAUUGACCAUAACCCCUUCCCACUGUCGUCCGCGGCCUCGCGACAGACAGGUGCACGGCUCGCGAAACUAUUGACCGCCCGUCGGCGCGUCCUUACGUAGCCGCGAGCGUCUUAAAGGCCCGCGCCGCGCGUACAUGUCGCGCGCCGAGAGAUCGCCGGGGGGAUCGAGGCGGCCGCCCAUCCCGCGCUGGGAGACGACGCGCAUUUUUCUCGGGACGGAGGACUCGCGUUUUCAAGAAAAAGACGCCGAUUGUGUGAUCGUUGCGAGAAAAGAUAUGCGAUUGAAAACCUGCUCUCUCGUGACAGAGGACUUUCCUCCAAUAAUCCUGUUUGCCGCAGUUGGAUGUAAAUUUACUUGCCGCAGUACCGGCGUCUUCAAAUCAUUCUGCACAAUUGCUGAAAAGUUGGCACAGUUACGUAUACAAAGAUUCGUAGCGUAUCAAAUAAAUAACAGCGUCUCGUCGAGGAGAAGCAAUCGGCGUGAUAAAACAUCGGCCGAAGCCACUCGACAUGCACAUGUCGUACGAAUACUACUUUCUCUUACUGUUAGUUAUUCUACCUGUAUACCUUUUCUUCAAGCUUUGGUCAUGGCUUGGGUGGGAAUUGUUUGUAAAUAAUUAAAACUUUGGCAUUAUUAAAAUACAAGCCUAAUUGCCUUAUGUGUACAUACACACACACAUAUAUAUAAAUAAUUUAUAACGAACUUACCUGUGAAGCUCGACCCUAAUUAUGCCCUUUGUCUCGACCGGACGCUCCCGCGGGAGCGCGACUACAUAUUUAUUUCAAUCCGGACGAGCCUGGGCAUAAUUAUAGGACUUUGACAUGCUUCCCUUAAUGCAAUUAUGCAUUUCUAUAUAUAAUCUUACUUUCGCGCCUCAUUAGCUAUAUAUGUGUGUAUAUACAUACAUACAUACAUGUCUUUUAUGAUAAAAAUACAUCGGGAUAUUGCAAUAGACUAGACGACUCCUAAACGCGUAAAAUUCGAGGAAAGUAAAAUUAAAAUAAAAAAAAAA